AAAUCUUUAUAAAAAUUUAGUCAGAACAUGUUUCCCAAUUAUGUCUGAAAUUAGUUUAAAACUUGGUCACAUGGGAUAAUAAACUACUCUGAAGAUCAUUUGAUCAAAUGGAAGAAAAAGAGUUUGAACAAUCUUGAGGCUUCAUUAAUUGCCAAAUAUUCGUUAAACAUGGUCUUAAAAUUAGUUCUAUAUUUUUCCCUGCAGAGUUACAUAUGAUUUCGGUCCGUUGAAAAACAUGGCUUCCACGAGGCAGUUUUCUUUAUCUGGUAAGAAAAAACAACAACAAUUGAAUACCCAAUGUUUUAUAAACAAAAAUGUAUUGAUAUCUGAACUGAGUUUAAUAUGAUUGUGGUUUGUUUAAAAAAAUGGCACGGUGAAAGGCAGUUUUAUUGCGAAACCUAGUGAACACUUUCUUCUCAGAACAGUUUGGUUCCUUUGGGUUUCAGCUGAGUGCCUUAGGGUCCUGACCCUCUUGUUUAUGUUCAUGCUAAAAUUUUGUCCAGGGCAAUUCUGGACUUUUGUAUGAAAUAUCUAGGUGAAACUUAAUAUUAAGUGAGCUUGUAUUGUUUGAAAACCUGUUCUUUAGACUGAACUGACAUGUGGCGUGUAGGCGUUACUUUACACAAGAUAUUUAUAUUUUUAAUUUUUAAAUUCUUAUCUUAUGAUUUUACGGAUGGUAAUAAAAUACGAAUGAAACUAUACUUUAUAUACAUACAUAUAUCAUAUGCAUUUUAUGUUAAAUUAUACUUUUGUUAACAACAAACGAGCAGGAAAUAACAAGCUAUUGCCACUUAUGUUACCAAACUUAAGCUGCAAUAUAUUUUGUUUCGUUUUUGAAGAGGUUACUUACAAUUCAAUUGUUAAAAGCAUGCAUAUAAAUGAUUCUUGUUAAUACCAUUGUUAUCAAGUAGGCCUGGUUAUUUUUUAUUGAUUCCUUGAAUUGAGAUACUUAUUCUUUGUAAAGACACAUAAACAGAUUGUUCAUCAACCACUUUAUGACACUAAGGCCAGUAUUGUUUAAUGAAACAUGAUUAGUGGCACAAGUACUUCGUUUCCUGGAACUAUAACCUUGCGAACAAACUUUAAGUUGAUGUCCAUUGAACUGUGUUUAGCUGGACAUUACUUGUUGUAAGACUUUGGACAAUAGUUAGAUGUGUAUGUGAUUUGUUUUGUUUUAUAAUCUAUUAGCCGAAAUACCUUAUUAUAAGAGUUAAAUCUAAGCUUCAGUGGUCAACAAAAUGGCGACCUUUUCGCAAUCCACCGUUGAAAAAGGAUCUGACAUGGUCCAAGACUUCUUGUGUUCGACCUGCAAAGACAGGAAACUUGAGAAAUCGGCUGAAUAUUAUUGCGAAACAUGCGUACAGUUUUACUGCGGAAAUUGUAUUCACGUGCACGGCCAGUUGUUUACGGAACAUUCCCCUCAUGGGAGGGGAGAUAUGAAGAAAUGGCCAGUUGCCAAGAAGGUGGAAGAUUUUCUUCUUAAAUGUGAUGUUCAUAAAGAAGAAAACAUGGAAAUGUUUUGCAAAGACCAUAGCCAGCUGUGCUGCAGAAAGUGUGAUAUCAUUUCUCACAGGAAAUGCCAAACGGUUAUUCUUUUAUCAGACUUGGUAAAAACUUCACCCACAGACCUCAAACAAGUAUCUGUUACUAUCCAUAGUACUCUGGCAGAACUGAUGGAGCUUCAAAACAACCAGGAGUCUAGCAUUCGGUCUGUACAAAGUUCAUUUGAGGAGCAGUUGCACAAAAUACAGGAAAGUCGUGAAAAAAUAAUUGCAGCCUUAAGCAUGCUUGAAAAGAAGACACUGACGGAAAUGAAAGAUAAACUGACCCAAUUGCAAGCUCUUCUUAAAGGUGAUCGCGAUGAAUGUGCCACUUUUCGAGAUGAAUUUAAACAACUCCGAGAUGCCAUACAGGACGUAAGUGAUAAAGGCAAGCAGGAACUUUCUUUUAUAGCCAGCUUUAAAUGCAAGGACAAAAUACAGCAGUUUGAAAAAUAUCGGAAGAAGAACUUAAGUCAAAAAGAAUCCUCAAUAACUUUCCAGCCUAAUAAUGAAAUUGUCCAGUAUCUGUCCAGUUUGUCAGGUCUUGGGAUGAUUGAACACAGUAGCCAGCCCUUGACGGUGCGGGGAAAUCCAGACCAAGUCAUAAGGAUUGAUGGAAAGUCUGAGUAUGAUGUACGCCUGCGAGGUGAUUCAAGUAAAGAGUCGAAAUGCUGUAUCAGGGACAUAUGUGUUCUCCCUAGCGGACAGAUCCUGAUUGCAGACUCAGAAAAUCAGAAAAUCAAGCUGCUAAACCAGCAGUUCCAGGUGGUGAGUCACUGUAAUUUAUCUGAUCAGCCACGUGACAUGUGUCAGAUCACACCAAGUGAGGUUGGUGUUACUUAUGGUUCAAAUAUACAUUUUAUCAAAGUCAACAACAGCCAGCUGUGGAAAGUCAGAAAGCUUCAAGUACGACAUGACUGUGAGGGUAUUACCUACCAUGAAGGAGACCUGUUAGUCACCACUGGUACUGCACUAUACAAGUACUGGCUGACCGGUAAACUGGUCAGAAAACUGCAUCAGGAUAUAUCAAAUAUAAAUACAGUAUGGAGAUGUGCAGUGAGCCGGACAGGUGACAGGUUAUACAUCACUAACUCUUCUCAGAGCAAGCUCAUCACCCUUACCAUGGAUGGAUCAGUCCUUGCCACCUUCGAGGACCCUGACCUGAUAUCGCCCACUGUUGUACAUGUAACACCUGCAGGCCAGGUGCUGGUAUGUGGAGAGGGGUCCAGCACUAUCCUGCAGGUGGAUAGUAUGGGCACCAGGAAGCUGGCCACUCUGGCUACAGACAGGGAUGGUUUGAAGACCCCAUACUCAGUGUGCUACAAUAGCAACACUGCAUCAAUUAUUGUGGGAAUGUGGCGCAAUGACAUGAUUCUUGUAUACAAAGUAGAAUAGCUUAUCACUCUUAUCUGAUAUGUAAUCAUAAAUAAUACUCAUAACAAUAACUGGAUGCCAAUUAGUAUGAUGUUUGAAUGCUUUAAUAUUUUUUAAAUACAGUAAUUUUGUAAAACUAUGUGAUGUAAAUUACAGUAGCUGUUUGUGUUAUAGUGUUACGAUACCAUGUGAGAUUUUUUUUAACUGUGCAUACUCAUAUUUUUCCUAAACUUAUGUUCUUUUUCUAGUGUAUUAUGUUUCUUAAUAUAUCUUAAGUGUCAAAUAUUUGUUUUAUUGUUUCAUGAACUCAAUGGGUGUAUGUAUGCUAUAUAAAAAAAUGUACGAUAAAAAUCAGUUUAACAUGUUUUCACAUUAAAGAACAGGUAAAGAACACUAAUUGGAAUGUCAUUUAUUAGAUGUGUAACAAUUUGUUGAUUUAUUUAUUUAUUGCUUCUUUAUUGGAUCGAUAGAAUGAAGUCUUCUGAAAACUUAAUAAUAAUAAUAGCUGAUAUUCUGUCAUUAAUGUAUAGUUUUCACAUUAAAACAUUUUUUA